AUGACGGGAAUCUAUGUUCUGGUCGCUGCUGUCUUACUCUGCGCUCCACCAGCAGGUGGUUAUACAUACCAGAUGAUGUAUGACUGCGAGUACGGCAGCAACACCACAGAAAUGGUCUUCUUUGUUAAAAAUGUGUUUAACCAGAAGCUUAACACCAUGUACGACUCCAGAGUAGGAAAAUAUGUCGGCUAUGGAGAAUACGGGAUGAUAAACGCAAACCAUUUUAACAGCCAGCGCUGGAAGAUGUUCUUAAGAAGAGCUCAAGUGGAGAUUCUCUGCAGAUACAAUGCACGAUUAUUCAGAAGAAGCACACUGGAUAGAAAAGUGCCUCCAAUUGUCAAAGUCCAUCAGACGAAGCCGGCGGACUACGGGGAGCGGUCCAUGCUUGAGUGCAGAGUUCUGGGUUUCUUUCCUCAGGAGGUGAAGGUGAGAUGGCUGAGGGACGGAGAGGAGGUCACCAGCGAUGUGUCGUCCACUGAUGUCAUGGCCAACGGGGACUGGAGCUUCCAGCUUCACUCGUACCUGGAGCUGACACUAAGGAGAGGGGAGCGGGUGACCUGCUUGGUGGACCACAGCAGCCUGAUGAACAGCCUGGAGGUGGACUGGGACCCGACUCCGCUGGACACCAAACACCUGAAGAAGUCCGUUGGGAUCAUCUUCUUCUUUAUCGGCUUCGCUGCAGCUGCUGCUGGAGGCGCUUACUACAGGUGGAAACGGAGGUCUGACUUCUCUCCGUUAGGCAGACAAGGACAAACACCUCCAUCUGAUCUCUCAGAGUUUUAA